ACACACGCUGGCCGGAGGGGAAGUUUGAUCAACCAGACGAUUUAUCAAAUAUUGUGAACUUUAUUUCUUAAACAGAGCAAGAUGAAGAAGUUCGUGUUGUUGCUCCUCUUCUGUCAUGUUGCAUCACCAGUGCUUCAUUCCAUGAAGUAUUUCUACACAGCAUCAUCUCAAGUCCCAAACCUCCCAGAGUUUGUGGCUGUUGGUUUAGUUGACGGUGCUCAGAUUGUUUACUACGACAGCAACACACAGAGAGCACAACCCAAACAGGACUGGAUGGUCAACGUGACAGCUGAAGAUCCUCAGUACUGGGAGAGGGAAACUGGCAGCUUGUUGCGCUCCCAGCAGGCCUACAUAAAAAACAUUGAGACUGCAAAGCAGCGCUUCAACCAAACUGGAGGUGUUCACAUUGCUCAGAAAAUGUACGGGUGUGAAUGGGAUGAUGAGACUGGAGACGUGAAUGGAUUUGAUCAGCAAGGUUAUGAUGGAGAAGACUUUAUAGUGCUGGACCUGAAGACACUGACAUGGAUCGCUCCAAAACCACAGGCUGUCCUCACCAAACAGAAUUGGGAAGAGAAAAGAGCUGAGUUGGAAAUGUAUAAGAACUACCUCACCCAGAUUUGCAUUGAUUGGCUGAAGAAAUAUGUGGACUAUGGGAGGAGCACUCUGCUGAGAAAAGGUAGACUCACAUGA